UUCAAAGGUACGUGCUGUGAAUGGGAUCCUUUCCUGGAUCGUCUCCCUGAGUGUGCCUACCUUUGCGUGAGGUGUCUACGCGGUCGAAGACCAUGCAUCGAGGAUGUUCAAGCUGCAUGUAAUUUAGCUCCUCAAAAUUCGCUAGAGGUUGCUCUUGUUCGCGAAAUGAUUUCCCGAGGACGUGAAUUAUCUUGUAAUGCGAUGUCGGUACUCUCUUCUAUUGGUGAUGAUGAAGAAUUGAGCGUUGAACUCGAAGAAAGAGCUCAGACUGUCGUGGAGUCUGUGUUAGCAUGUGAAGUGCUCGACAUGGACGUCUUGCCAAAAGUGGUUUCCUUUAUUCAGAAGAAUUGCUCGGAUAUUUUAGCGCAGCAGAAGAGGGCUUGGAUGGAGAUGCGAAAUCGACCUGCACGUUCAUCUCCAUUUCCUUCACUUUUUGUUAAACUGAAACGUGGGAAGCGAAAUUCUGGAAAGCAUUCUGCCAAAGAAGGAGCGAAAACGGUCACGGGUUGUAUAUCAUCAGGACGACGAGCAGUGCUCUGCAGAUACCUGUCUAAAACCGUACGUUUUCAUUUCCGUGAAACCGUGGGAUGGAUAUUGUGCGAAGCUGGCUGCGCUCGUUGGUAUCAUUACGUGUGUAUUGGUAUGACAGCCGAGAGUGCAAAAUCUUUGCCGUCGUAUAUUUGCUACCGUUGCAACAAUACUGUGCAACAAAUUGCACAACAUCCAGUGGCUGUUUGA